AUGACAGGCAUGCUACCAUCUCGCACACUCACUUACAAGACAGUCGGCAGUCUGGAUAUCCUCCUCGACAUCUAUCUCGCCCCCAAAGUAACGAAAGCUCCUAUACUUCUGUGGCUACACGGAGGCGGACUGCUGCAAGGCCACCGCAGCCAACUACCACCUUACCUCCGCAGAGGAGUACAGCAGCAAGGAUACACCUGCGUCUCCGCCGACUACCGUCUUGCCCCUCAAACAACCCUGCCGGACAUCUUUAGGGACGUCAAGGACUGCAUAUCCUUCAUUCGUUCUUCACUCCCAGCGCGCCUCGCCGAAGCUGGGCUCAAAAACGUAGUAGACGUCUCCCGUCUCGCAGUCAGCGGAUCGAGCGCUGGUGGUUACCUCGCCCUCCUCGCAGGCCUGUACAUCCAGCCGAAGCCACAGGUGGUAGUAGCUACCUAUCCCAUGACCGACCCGCUUGGACCUGCGUUCGCCAUGCCGCAGCCUCCUCCAACAGGCUACAGCGUGCCUUCUGCAAAGGCCAUGGCACCAUACCUUGAUCGCAGUGCUGAAGUCGUGGCGAACUGCGAGCCACCGGAUCCGAGGAUGGAUUUGCCGCUGUACAUGCUUUCGACCGGCAGAGCCCCGGAGCUCUUAGGUGUGCAAGACCCGGAGGUCGCGAAGCCGUGGAGAGUGUCGCGCAAAAUUCACGAGCACAGAUUACCGCCGACGUAUGUGCUGCAUGCUGAUACCGACUCUGCUGUCGGCGUGGAGCAGGCGGAUGAAGUGGUCGGAGCAGCAGUCGGCUGUGGGCUGGAGGUGGUGUAUGAGAGGGUGCAUGGGAAGGAGCAUCUCUUCGACAUGGCGCCGGAAUAUGAGAAUGAGGACAUGAUGGGGUUUGUUAUGAAACAUCUGACAUGA